CUGAUGACAAGCAUAGAGAAGAAGACCUAGUUGUGGACGGUGCGGGCUGCAUGUAUUAUAUCCUUAAAUUUGUUUAUUUUCAUUUAUUUAUCUAUUUUUGGAAGGCGAAUUUACUCGGUUUAUCAAAUACCGCAAAGGGGAACAAUAUCAGCAGCCGGACGAGGUGAUAAGUGUUAUAAAGUGAAGCUACGUAAAGCAUCGGAUGUUAUCUGGUUAGCCGGUUGAAGGUUAUUAACGGGCCUUCUUGCUCUGCAGUGAUGACGUCGCUGGGUAGCAGCAGUUCCUCCACAACAGAGUAUGUUGUACGAGUUCCUAAAAACACCAGUAAGAAGUACAACAUAAUGGCUUUCAAUGCUGGUGAUAAAGUCAGUUGUUCCACAUGGACUCAGGCUCGUAUGGAGCGUGACAUGAGCAACAGGCGUAUAUAUGGUGAGGAGGAGACCCAGGAGGGGGCAGCAGGCAGUGAAUUUGGAAAGAAACAGAGAGAGGAAGCACGGAGGAAGAAGUAUGGUAUCGUUACAAAGGAGUUCAAGGUGGAGGACCAGCCCUGGAUCCUUAAAGUUAAUGGCAAGGCAGGAAGAAGAUUCAAGGGUCUGAAAAAAGGUGGAGUCACAGAGAAUGCUUCCUACUACAUCUUCACACAGUGUCCCGAUGGGGCCUUUGAGGCGUUUCCAGUGCACGCUUGGUACAACUUCACACCGCAGGCCAAACACCGCACGCUCACAGCAGAGGAGGCAGAAGAGGAAUGGGGAAGGAGAAACAAAGUGGUGAAUCACUUCAGUAUCAUGCUUCAACGACGCCUCCGAGAACAGGAGCGAGGAGAGGACGAUGAGGAGGAAAAGGAGAGAAGGGGGAAGAAAAAAAAGAAGAAGGGAGGCAGGGGAGGAGACCUGCGCAUACAUGACCUUGAGGAUGAUUUGGAAAUGAGCAGCGAUGAGAGCGACGGCAGCAAUGGAGACGAUGAUGAAGCCAAGUCAAAAGCUAAAAAGGACAAAGGCCCCAAAGGCAAGGGAAAGAAGAAGAAGAAAAAGGGCAGUGACCUGGAAGGGAUCGAGGAUAGUGAUGAUGGUGACUUUGAGGGGUUGGAGGUGGACUACAUGUCUGAUGAGAGCAGUUCUGAGGAAGAAGAGCCGGAGAAGACCAAACCCAACAAGGGAGAGGAUGUCCCUAAAGGGAUUGAUGAAAUGUCUGACAGCGAGGAAGAGAGUGAGGAAGAAAACAAGAAUGAAGAAGAAGGCAAGGAGGAAGAAGAGGAAGAGGAUGGAAAGAAGACACCAGUGCAGGGGGAAAAGAAGAAAAAGAAAGAUAAAGACAGCAGUGGCGAGUCCGACAGCUCUGAGGACAGCGAUAUUGAAGGAGAGGCAGCUUCAGCACUGUUCAUGGUGAAGAAGCGCACUCCUCCUAAACGAGGGGGUGGUCGUGGCUCAGCAGGUAGUUCAAGAACAGGAAGUCGGCCUGGCACACCUUCUAUUGACAAUGCUGCCACUUCCAACACUCUCCGUGCCGCUGCCAACAAACUGGAGCAAGGUAAGCGUCAGACAACUGUGCCUAGCUCAGAGACUCCAGCGGCCAAGAGGUUAAAGAUGGAGCCCAGCCCUCAGAGCUCUUCAGGGAAGAGCACACCCCAACCAGCAUCAGGAAAAUCCACUCCCAGCUCCAGUGAUGUGCAGCUGACAGAGGAUGCCGUGCGCAGGUAUCUCAUCAGGAAGCCCAUGACCACUAAAGACCUGCUGAAGAAGUUCCAGACUAAGCGCACAGGCCUUAGCAGCGAGCAAACGGUCAACGUGCUCGCCCAGAUCUUGAAGAGGCUCAACCCAGAGAGGAAGAACAUCAAUGACAAGAUGCACUUCUACCUCACCGAGUGAGCCCAGCUUAAGAGAGAGUGAAACCGAACCCUCGUCACCAGCAGCACCUCCUACAGCUCGUUUAGGUUAAGGCUUCCAACUUGAUCUGAUAUUUGUCGUUUUGCUUGCAACCUUUCACAAUAAACAGUAGUAUUAAAGUGCUGCAAACUGAGUUCCAGAUGAGAAUGCUGGAGGUCCGAAGAGUGAAAACACAUAGAAGACUGAGAAGCAAGAUGGAGUAGGAUUUUGUAUUUUGUAAUGUGCAUAGGAAAGAUGUGUUUGUAAAUCCCACAUCUAUGCCUGUUAAUGCCUGACAUUUUCAUACACUUCAACAUAUCAACAUAAUGAUUUUUUUUCAUGAAAACCUGCUGAAUUUUGAGAGAGGGUCUUUACACAGAGAAUACAAUCAUCAUAUUCUCUUGGUAAAGAAUUUGUUGUUUUUCUUUGUUUUUACUGGUUAAGGUAAAACUUUUGAAGGAAAUUUCUCCUUUGGUAGUCCAUUAAAUUUGUUCCAAAAUUAA